GUUCGAGUACCGACGUGAUGCGAACCGAGCACGACGUGUGGGACGAGCUACGUCAAUGCGUGGCGUUCUUCGACCUGCGAGGUAUCACGGACGAGGACGUAGAAGAUAUCCUCUCUCAGAAGUUCCAGAUGCUAAAUGCAGGGCACAAGGACGAGACGUACAAUUGCCUCGAUGUGUUGCCGACAGCUCGACUGGAGCGGACAGCGUCCUGCUUUACGAGUGUUCUGAAGCUGAUCCAGAAGAAUCCGUCCAAGUCCAACAUCUUCUGGGAAACUUUGAGUGGAGCGAUCGAUGAACGAGUCAUGCACCGCACGAUCUUGGCCACGCUGGACCUAUGCAUGAGCAAAGUCAGUGCGCUCGCCAAGGUAGAUGGAAGCACUCCCACGGACGCCCAGUCGCCGCUGUCAAAGGGUCUUCUUGCUGCAAACAUAUACCUGAUGUGGCUGCACGUCCCCGGAGGGUCAGCGUACAGUGUGUUCAUGCCGUUCGUGUACCAAGAUGCGUUGUGGGUGCUUCUAGGCUGGGCCAAGUUUAUGUACGCCCCUGUCCUCGACGAACUUGCCUCAACUUCAGCAGGCCGGUCGGGGCAAACCAAGCGAAAGCAAGCCAAGGCAUCGACGACGCGUGUCCUUUCUACGGAGCUGGCAACGUACGGGCACGACGUCCUGGACGCGUUGGUGUCGCUCGGGUCCAUGCGUUCCUUCGACGUGGACGCUGUCGCCGCGACGUUGGACGCGGUCGUGUCCAUCGCUGCGUUGAUGGCCGUACAAGUCGCUCCAGCAGACCAAUGUCGGCACGUUCUCAAGGCGUUGUACCCCCAGCAUGCCCACCAAGUUCUCGGGCGGCUGAUGCCGUCGCUGGCCGUCCAAAGCAAAUCGCUGCCUCGGGGGUCAUGGGACUCGCAGCAGCACAUGACAGCGUUCCACGCGUGGUCCCUAGAAACGACCGACCAAUUGCUUGGCUCGCCCGACCAUCACGACGAGGGUGACGAAGAGGGUACGCUGCUGGUCGUGUGUGUGCUGCAACAGCUGUGCAUUCGGUCCCCAGACAAGACGGACGAUCGAAAACAGGUCGCGGCGGCGCUCGUGGCGCUGUUUUACCACCACGUGCACCCGCACGCCGCGGCCACGUCGACGUUUUUGACGUUCCUCGACAGCUUUUCCCGCAGCGACAAGGUCGCGUGCCGCCAAUUCGCGGUCGAAGUCACGACGCAAUUGAUCCUAAACGACCAAUGGACGACAACCCCCGACCAACAUUCAUUCCAGUUGAUGUACGCGCUCCUCUUGCAACGCGCGAGCGAUCGGUCUGUGUGGGUCCGCAAUAAGGCUUUGGUCGGGUUGACGGCUGUGCUCGCCAGAUCAGCAGCACUUCAACAGACGCCAUCGUCCCCUUGGUCCCACGCCGUGGUCGCGGAACUCACAAAGACAACCAACCCACGGGACGACGAUGCGGUGUCGUCGCAACUGAGUCGACUCCUCCAGAACCGCCUCCAAGAUGACAAGAAGAUGGUGCGCAAGUCGGCCCUGCAGGCGCUCGAAGUGCUGCUGGUCAUGGAGCCGGACAUGGCGAUGGUGGCCGAGAUUCAGCUCAAGUGCACGGAUUCAUCGAUUGUGGUGCGCAAACAGGCGAUGCAGGUGCUCACGACGCUGCUGUCGAAAGAUCCCACCAACCGCGACCUGCAAUCGAUUUGGAACUGGGGCGUGCUUCCCCUCGUCAACGAUCCCGAGCCCACCGUCCAAACGAGUUGCGUGGACUUCGUGCAUGCGACACUGUGCCAGCGCCUUUGGGAAUGGCACGACCGCCGCCGCCGUCGUCAGGACAACGACACCAUUCCCCCGUCCCUUGCCGCUGUUCUCGACCAAUUCGCCCAACUCGAUCGCAUGCUCGUGAAUUUCUUCCAAGUAGCCAUCCGACACUUGGUCAAGCGCGGCAAACUCGACGUGUGUGACGUGGUGCGCCACUGCAUGCAAGGGAUCAAACUUCCUCAAGCCGAGUCGAGCAGCUGGGUCAUGCUGGAUGAGUUGCACGCGCACUUGCUCGAGCAUGUGACGGCCGCCGACUGCCGCGUCCUGACCAACAUGUGGAACGACAAGCUACCCGAGAACGACCACACUCUGCGCAUGCUCCGCGUCCUCUCGUCCGUCGCGCCUCGUGUAGCCGCCAUGGACGCGUCCGCGAUUGCAACGGGAUUGCAGCAGUCGCUGCAUGCGUUUUCAUUUCCCAUGAAUGUCAUCCCAGGCGCCAUCCUCGCACUUCGUCAACUGAAUAGUAAUUCGCAACCACGGUCGUUGUGGGUCGUGGACUUGUGGUCCGCCUGUGACACUGCCAUGAACGACGUGGUGGGCCAAGGCAUCACUGACGUGACCCGUCUCCAACGCGUGUUGUGUACGAUGGGGGAUCUGUGGAGCGACAUGGACCAAUAUACCCAACGACUUCAACACAUCCAUCGGUUCUUGUUGCCGUCGUUCAACCAUGAGACGACCCCCGCCGCCGUCCGUGCAGUCGCGUUCCUUGCCCUCGGCAAAGUCAGUUUGGCAAGCCAAGCGAUUGCAAAAGACUCGAUGACGAUGUUCAUUCGAGAACUCCAAACAAGUGACAACGUAGCCAUUCGGUCCAACAUCCUGCUCAUUCUCGGUGAUUUGUGCAUGCAGUACACGUCCAUGGUCGAAGUGUACGUGCCGACGAUCGCCGCGUGUGUGCUGAAUCCGGACGUGCUGCUCCGUCGGAAUGUGCUGCUCAUGCUCACGCAGUUGAUUCUGCAGGGGUACAUCAAGUGGAAGGAUGCGCUCGUGCACUACUUUCUCCAUUUGGUCGUGGACGACAACGUCGAGCUCGCGCACUUGGCGCGCCAUGUGCUGUCGGGGGCGUUGCUGCAAAAGACGCCCAAUCUGUUUACAACCAAGUUUGUCGAAACGAUCUUCGUCCUGAACAACGCGAUGGACCCGUCGACGUCGGUGGCGGCGCUGUCUGACGCGGACGUGCACGCGUUGAGCUGUAGCGGGGCGGAUCGGUUUCCCCGUCGAUGGGACGUGUACCAGUUCAUGCUGAGUACGAUGACCGACUUUCAAAAGGUCGACUUGACGGGCAAACUCACCCGAGGUAUUCUGGAAGAAGUCUCCGAGCAAAAGCUCCAUCUGCACGCCAACCCAACUGACAUUCGCGACAAUUCAGUCGAGCGGGUGGUGCAAGAUGCGCUCUUGGUGCUGAGUUCGUCGGAGAUCAAGCUCAGUCCUGGCGGGGGAUCUGGAGAUGGCGACGACAACUAUAACCAGAUGGACGACAUGGACGCACCGUCGUCGUCGAUGAAGGAUGCCACGCGCAACCUCGCGUCCAAACUGGCCAAGAAGAACUUGGUGGUGAACGUCAUCCCCGUGGUUAUCGGCGUCAAGCAUCAGCUCGAAGCCAAGCGAAGCCCCGUGAUGAGAUACCUCCUUCACUAUAUUCAAGAUUUGAUGACGUCGUUCAAGGACGAGGUGACAGACGUGCUCAAUAUGGACCCGCAACUCGCCAAGGAGAUCGCGUUCGAUUUAAAGCAGUACAAGGCCCAGAAGUUGGCCAAGUCGCGGGCUAGCUUUGGCGGAACAUCAUCCAUGGGGGUCACCACUCCGCUCCUGAAAAAACACAUGACGCCACUCACGCGCAUCCUUCGCGAACGUCGGUCAUCGUUCCAAGACUGUGGUUCUGACGACGAAAGCGUGAUGAAAACGUUGGACUUUUCAACCCGCGAAGUGCCGCCGCCGUCUGCCGCGCGGGGGCGUAGCUUUGCUCCCUUGGUGGAGGUUGUGCCAGUGGAGGAUGAAGAAGAGAAAGAAGCGGAGGUGUCGUCCGACUCUGAUUUUGAAGUUAUCGAGAAACCAACGAAACCGGCAAUCAUGAAGAAUCCCAAACGAGCUAAAACACGAGCUAAACACAAGCACGGUGCAUAAUAAUAUGUAAUAAUAUCCUCACGUUGGCUUACUAAAGUCCCAUCAAGC